CCCAGCGUCGGCGCGCGCGCGCACAGCGACCCCUCUGCUCGCCCACAGACUAGCUUCCGCUGUUUGCUGCUCGUCAGUGUUUGGCUUGUUAUUAGCUCGCAGUUCUUUUCUAUGCUCCAGCUGCGGCCAGUGGAAGAGGAUGAAGCAGCCUCUGAGAGUCUGGUGCUGAACCGAGCUGUGGCUAAAAAUGACCAUUUCCUGCUGGCUGAGCUACUGUUACAAGAGCGCUACAGCAAGUGCAUUAAUCAGCAGAGCGGUUGGGGGAUCCCAGGCACCCCGUUACGCAUGGCUGCUUCCAAAGGUCACCUGAGGUGUCUGCAGUUGCUCCUGGCACAUGGGGCAGAUGUGGACCGGCUGGAUGUUAAAGCCCAGACCCCUCUUUUCACCGCUGUGUGCGGGCGUUACUUGAGCUGCGUGAUAGCUCUUCUCCGUGCCGGAGCUAAUCCGAACGGAAGCCACCUGAACAACAGCUCGCCCGUGCUCACUGCUGCCCGAGAGGGUGACCCCGAGAUCCUCCGUCAGCUGCUUCAGCAUGGGGCCGAGGUCAACGCCAGGUCAAAGGUGACGCUGUGGGCCUCAGGGGUUGCUGUCUGCAGUGGGCCGCUUUACCUGUCAGCCAUAUAUGGACACCUGGAUUGCUUCAAAAUGUUGCUGUUAUAUGGGGCAGAUCCAAACUAUAACAGCCCCGAAGAGAAGGUGAACGGCAGGGCCACGCAGCAGAAGACGGUCCUGGAACUGUGUUUGAGACACGGCUGUGGAGUCGAAUACAUUCAACUGCUCAUUGACUUUGGGGCAAACGUCUACCUGCCGACCCUCAUCAUAGAGAAGAGCACCAAACAGAACGAAGCUGUUGAGCUGUUGCUGAAAGAAAGAGGGUGCCCGAAGUCUCUCUCAUCUCAGUGUAGAUUGGCCAUUCGUAAACACCUGAUACAGGUGAACAAGAUUGAGUCUUUGGACUCUCUGGAGAUUCCACCCAGGCUCAUCGACUAUCUCAAACACAAGCCACACAAGAGUGCACUGGUUUACUGACAAAACAGAUUACACUCCACUGUGCCUUUACUAAAGGACAGACUCAUCCACUCACACAUGGACUGGACAGGUAGACCAUCUAGAGGCGAGGAAACGGACAGAAGAUCUGGACUAAUGACAUGAACUCAGUUGUAUGCAAUCUCACAGACAGACCGGUACACUGCUAACAGCCCUGGUUUACAUACAAGAAGUGCGUUAAACUUGAACACCCACAUAAAUUAAUUAGCUUUAAUGUCUUUCAAAUUAGGCUGUGUAAUAUUACCAGAAGUGUUGCUGUAAAUGCUUUAGAACUAUGCAUUGUUAUAAAGCCUGCUCUGCCUUUUCAAGAUCAUCUGGAGGUUUUCAUUUCUCGUACUAAAUUGAGCCAAUAUUGUCGUUUUGUUUUUUUUUGUUUUUUUUUACAGAUUUUUGUUUUGUUUUGUUAAUCAGUAACAGCUUGUUGAAAGAUGUAAAAAUGUUAAUCUUAAUGAUGUAUAAAAUCAAUUGUGAUGUACUUGUGGGUAUGAAUCACUCGUUUAGAGCAGAUAGACUCAUCCAACAGAUGUUGUGUAACCUCCAUUGUGCAGAUAACAUGUAAUGGAUAUCAUUUUUGUUCCUGUGAGGUUAAGGACUUCGUCGGUUCCAGACUAAGUCUUCAGAAGGAUUUAAGGCAGAGGUGUUGAAGUGACUUGCCUGAGGAUUACAAAGAAUAUCAUUUUAUGCUGAAUUGGAUAUCCAGUAUAUAAGCAGAUGUCAUUCGGAAACACAAUUGCUAUGAAUAACAUCUGGCUUGUUAGUUUGUUCAUAAAAUUGAACAGCUGAACAUCA